GAGAAAAAAUCUGUCAGUUUCAGUGUUGUUUUGGAGUCGCGCACUGUCCAUAUCGCGAAUAAUUGCGGAUAAUGCAAUAUUAGCUGGCUUUCUCGCACCAGAAGAGCUGCCCAGAGUCCGAAUCCCACGCGAUAAGGUGUGCUGUGUGUGCUGGUGAGGUGCUGCUCUCGUGCUAUUCCCGGGCGAAAUCCAACGGCGUAGAAAGGUGCAUUUAUUGAUUUUCGAGGGCGAUGCGGGACUUGGCUACCAAAAUGGCUGAACUGAAAUUCGAGGCGCCCCUGGCGCAGUUCGAGGAGACAGACGAGUGGGGCCCCCUCGACUACCAGUCCACCAAUCUGGCCAACUUGCGGCCUCGCCUCACCAAUCGCGACCUCGAGAUGAAUCUCAAGGAGAACGGGAACGUGCCAUCGGAGAUUUGUGCAGAGGAGGAGACGCCCGCACUGCCGGAAACCACCUCCUCGGCGGUGAAUCUCAUCCUCAAGGAGAAUGACAACUUCAAUGAGGCCUUCUCCGGGAGCCUCGAGGAUCUAGUCAACACCUUCGACGAGAAGAUCACCAAGUGCUUCGGCAACUAUGAGGAGUCUGUGGCCAAUCUGGCGCCAGUGCAGAUCAGGAGUCAGGAAGACAUCAUGAAUGAGUGCCAGAUGUGGUGGACAAUCACUGGCAACUUCGGCAACAUCCUCCCGAUUGACUGGAGCAAGUCUUUCACACGCCAGAUGCACAUUCCCACACUGAAUCUAAACGAUAAGUCGCAGGACAAGAGCGAGAGUGAGGCGAAUGAAUUGUGUUCAGAGGACGAGGCGGUGGCGAAUGAUCUCGAUAUGCACACGCUGAUCCUCAAUGAUCUGGCCAGUGACACGGUGGAGCCGAUCAAGACGGCCGAGGAGGUGAUCAAGGAGAUUGUGGACAUCAUGGACGAGGUGUCGUCUAUUGAGGACGAGCCGCCGGCUGAGGUGCGCCUGGAGAAGACCAAAGAAAUCUUCGGGGAAAUCUUCUACGAGGACAAACUGAAGACGCUCACCAUCUCGCAGCUCAAUGAUCUCUACAUGGAGAUGGAGGUGCUGUUCCGUGACUACUCGGAGACGUUGAUUGCCGAGCUGGCGGCCAGGGAUGAGUUGGAGUUCGAGAAGGAGCUGAAGAACUCCUUCAUAUCACUCCUGCUGGCGGUGCAGAAUCGCCGGCGACAGUAUCACACGGAGAGAAAGCGCGACAAGAAUCGACACGACCCUGAGCCCAAAUACCUCACAACGGUGAUUCCAUAUCACAUGGAUGACGGACCACCGCCGCAUCAUACUCUUCAGAUUCUCAUCAAGAUUCUCAAGGCAAUAAAUGAAGACAACCCAACGGUUCCCACUCUCCUCACAGACUAUAUACUCAAGGUGCUGUGUCCGACAUAGAGAGUGACUGCGGAAGAAGGGCUUUUGGGAUUGUGUGUGCUGGAGGAGUGUGAAUCGCAAUUGUGCUAUAUUAAUUAUGUUUAAGAAGUCACAAGGCUUUUGGGAGGAAAGUGCAAAAUUGUGGCAAUAUUGAGGCCGAAAUCUGUCCGGAUGACGAGGCUUUCUUCUGCCCAUUUCUUCCUAGUCACAAUUUGUCAAUCACUUGAUACGCUUGGGUGCUUGAUUUACUGCCAGUCUAUUAAUUUAUCUCUCUUUCUCGCUCUUGUUGAAAAUGGAUUGAAUGCGUUGAGUCUCAAAGAGUGGCGGAAGAAUUAUUGUCAUCUGGAUGGGUUUUAUUUUCUUUCUUUCUCUCCAUUAAGUUUAUUUCUCCUUUUGCACUCUGAAAGGUGCGCGCGCGCAUAUGCUUAAAGAGAAAUUGGCUUUGAAGAUCAUGAGAAUUUUUGGUAGAGGCGCAAAAAGUAAAAAAAAAUGCUGUUCUUAUAGAAAAAGAAGAAUGCAAGUGAGAGAUUUCUUAUAUAAACCAAAAUUUCAUCCCUUUCAUGUUGUAUAAUCUCUCGAUAUUAAGUCACUGACGGAGUUCAGUAAACUCUUUCUCUCCUGAUGUGAUGUAGAGAAAACACCCCCCUCCCCCCCCCAUUGAAGAGUAAUUUCUACAUGUAUAUUAUGUAAUUGUAUCAUAUAAACAUUUAUGUACUUGUACAAGCUUCGGAGCACUUUUACAUGAUUUCACAAAGAAGAUAAAGGAGAAGGAAAUGCGAGAAGCAGUCAGAGGAGGAAAAAAUGUGAGACAUUUUAACGUGAUUCCUUUAAUUGAUAUAAAUUAAUACAAAUGCAGUAAAUAAUAAAAAAUCAAUGGUAAACUUCUUAACUCUUAAUAAGAGCUUCUUAUAUUUUUCACUCUUUAAUCAAACUCUAUAUAUUAUAUAUACGAGAGAGUUUUUUUUUUAUUAUAUAUUUUUAUAUAUUCUUUGUUGCAAUUUAAUGUUUAUUUUGACUUGUUUUUUUUUUAUCAAACACUCUGACUUUUUUAUUUUACAAUUAUUAUUUUUUUUGUCGUGAGAAGAGCAAAAAUGUUAGGUCGAUGACUCGAAAUAAAUGUGUAAAAUUUCGUGUUUUAAUCAACUUUAGUAACAGAAAGUGACUAAAUAAUAUUCAUUGAAGUUGUAUGGAAAGGAGAAGGAAAAAUAGAUGAUGUGAAGAAGGAUUUUUCUGUAAAAUUCUUGUAAUGCUGCAAGUGAAUAACGAAUAAAAGCUUUGAAAGUAUUGCCA